AUGUUCGCGAUGUCCACGAUGCAAACCGCCGCGGCGCGCGCCGUUUUCGUCUCCAAGCCGACGGCGACGAAGCGCCGCACGACGAUCGUCCGCGCGGAGGGCGACGCCGCGGAACCCGCGAAGGCGGCGCCGCCGGCGAUCGGACCGCCGAGAGGCUCGAAGGUUAAGAUUUUGCGCCCGGAAUCGUACUGGUUCAACGACUACGGCAAGGUCAUCUCCGUCGAUCAAUCCGGCGUGCGGUACCCGGUUGUCGUUCGUUUCGAAAAGGUCAACUACGCGGGUGUUUCCACGAACAACUACGCGCUCGAUGAGAUCGAGUACUAA